AGGAGAGAAAAGUUCUCCUCUCCGACUUUUAAUCCUCCUGAUGUGGCAGCCCGUCGUAGUCCUGUUGCGAGUCGGAGCGCGUUUGGAGUGAGAAAGUCAAGGCUUUGUCUUUUCAAGCCAGAAAGAGGUCUGGACAUGACAGCGCGCAGCCGCUGAAGAAGCGACUUGAUUCUUUUCGCCCCCAGCUUGCGCCAUCAUGAAGCCAGAGCCGCGCGUCAGCGUCCCUCUGUGGACUCUGCUGCUCCUCAGCUCUCUGCUCGAGAUCUCCCGAGCAGAAUGUGUCAACACAUGUAACAGCACUGACACAGAAACAUUAACAAUAACGACGACAACAGUCACAUUUGGACCAAACUGCACCUUAUCCAUGGAGGACGAUACCUCGAGACGCGACAGUACGAUAACUGGUUUGACCCCUGGAACAGUCAAUUCAAUCUUCUUUAACUGUUUGAACUGCUGCAAAGAGGUCACAACGAAGCCUGAAGUAGUCAGGAAUCUCAGUGUCACUGAUACAACAACAUCCUCUGUGUCUCUGACCUGGGCUGAACCAGAGGGAAAAAGCUCCUUCUAUAUUGUACAGUGGACAAAUGGAAGUGUCAAUGGGGCUGAAAACCAGUCAGAAACAUCUACAACCAUCACCGGUCUGACUUCUGGGGUCCAGUACAAUAUAAGUGUCACUGCAGUGGCAGAUGAUGACCAGACUAAAGGAGAGAAAGUCACUGUUCAAGCGUACACAAGACCUGAAGCUGUCAGGAAUCUCAGUGUCUCUCAGAUCAGCACAUCCUCUGUGUCUCUGACCUGGACUGAGCCAGAGGGAAACAGCUCCUUCUAUAGAGUGCAGUGGACUGAUGGAAAUUUCACUGAGACUGUAAAUGUGACUGAGACAUAUGUACAUAUUACAAACCUGACUGCUGGUGUCCAGCAUGAAAUAAGUGUUACUGCAGUGGCAGGUGAUGGUUUCACUGAAGGACAGAGUACCGCUUUUACUCAAUACACAAAGCCUGAAGUAGUCAGGAAUCUCAGUGUCGCUCAGAUCAGCACAUGGUCUGUGUGUCUGACCUGGACUGAGCCAGAGGGAAACAGCUCCUUCUAUAGAGUGCAGUGGACUGAUGGGACAACUGAGCGGUCCGUCAGUGUCACUGUAACAAAAGCAAAUGUCACUGAGCUGAUUGCUGGAGUGCAGUACAAUUUUACUGUCAUAGCAGUGGCUGGAAAUAACAAAACAGAGGGUGAAAUGGCUGAGAUUGUUCUCUAUACAAGACCUGAAGCUGUCAGGAAUCUCAGUGUCUCUCAGAUCAGCACAUCCUCUGUGUCUCUGACCUGGACUGAGCCAGAGGGAAACAGCUCCUUCUAUAGAGUGCAGUGGACUGAUGGAAAUUUCACUGAGACUGUAAAUGUGACUGAGACAUAUGUACAUAUUACAAACCUGACUGCUGGUGUCCAGUAUGAAAUAAGUGUUACUGCAGUGGCAGGUGAUGGUUUCACUGAAGGACAGAGUACCGCUUUUACUCAAUACACAAAGCCUGAAGUAGUCAGGAAUCUCAGUGUCGCUCAGAUCAGCACAUGGUCUGUGUGUCUGACCUGGACUGAGCCAGAGGGAAACAGCUCCUUCUAUAGAGUGCAGUGGACUGAUGGGACAACUGAGCGGUCCGUCAGUGUCACUGAAACAAAAGCAAAUGUCACUGAGCUGAUUGCUGGAGUGCAGUACAAUUUUACUGUCAUAGCAGUGGCUGGAAAUAACAAAACAGAGGGUGAAAUGGCUGAGAUUGUUCUCUAUACAAGACCUGAAGCUGUCAGGAAUCUCAGUGUCUCUCAGAUCAGCACAUCCUCUGUGUCUCUGACCUGGACUGAGCCAGAGGGAAACAGCUCCUUCUAUAGAGUGCAGUGGACUGAUGGAAAUUUCACUGAGACUGUAAAUGUGACUGAGACAUAUGUACAUAUUACAAACCUGACUGCUGGUGUCCAGUAUGAAAUAAGUGUUACUGCAGUGGCAGGUGAUGGUUUCACUGAAGGACAGAGUACCGCUUUUACUCAAUACACAAAACCUGGUAAAAUUACGCAACUCUUGGUGGACAGAAACACCACCUCCAUCUCUUUGACCUGGACUCCACCUCCUGGUGAGGUUUUCAUGUACAGGGUGGAGUGGCAAGUGGAUCGGUCGGCAAUAACGACAAAUGAUACCUUUGCUGUGCUGUCAGAGCUGAUCCCUGGUACUAGCUACACAAUCACAAUCACUGCUGUGGCUGGAGAUCAAUACGGAGAGCCGUACACAAUCAGUUCUGUCACAAGACCUGCUGCGGUGAGGAGUCUCGCCGUGACUGCAGUCACAACAUCGUCUGUGACUCUGAACUGGACUCAACCAGAGGGCAACGUUUCCUGGUACACAGUUCAGUGGACUGCAAGUGGACACAACUUUAGCAAAACCACUAACCAAACCUUUUUUGCUAUCACCGAUUUAAAGCCUGGAUUCCAGUACAAAAUUACAGUGGCUGCAGUUGCUGUAGAUUCCUUAAAUGAAGGAGAAGGAACUGCAAUAACUACCUUCACAAUGCCUGAAAAGCCUGAGAACAUAACGAUUAUGGCACGAGGAACCGAUAACCUGAAUAUCAGCUGGGCUUUACCUGAAGGGAGGGCUGAUAACUACAUGGUGAACAUCUCAAAUGAGGAACUGAUGUAUUCUAGGAGCAAUAUAACCACAGCCACCACAGCCUACUUUACUGGUUUACGUCCUGGGAGAACCUUUGUCAUCACAGUGACCGCUGUGGCUGGAAAUUUCACUGACACGUCUGAUCAGUCUUUAUUUGCCACUCUUCCCACCCCUCCUGGUUCCAUCACCAUUGGUCAUAGGACAAACGCCUCGCUCCACCUGAGCUGGGCGACUCCUGCUUUGAUGGAGGGUGCGCCACACAUCAGCUACCUGGUCACCUACCAGCCGGAGGAUGGCGAAGUACUAAAUGAAACCACCACAACCAAUAGCACAGAGCUGUCUCUGCUUUCCUCUGGAACUUCCUACAAUAUAGCUUUAAAAACAGUUGGAGCCCAAAAUUUAUUGAGCUCAGCUGUUCACAAUUCUGCUUUCACCCUGCCCAACCCUGUGUUGAACCUCUCAGCCAGCCCUAAAUCCACCACCUCAGUAGAAGUGACGUGGUCCUACCCGCAGGGAGCCAAGCCUUAUUACAAGUACUUGGUUCAAACCUACGUUACUAUGGGAGCACUGUUUAACACAACAACCAGCAGUAACAGCACUGAUGUGCCAAACCUGGAGCCAGGAACUAGAUACAGUAUUAAUGUCAAGACAAGAGCUGCAACAGGAAGUGAAUCCACGGAGGAGCAGACAUUCAGUUACACAAUGCCCGAAGCAGUGACCAACCUCACCGUGGUGGACGUGAACACGACGGCCGUCCGGCUGACGUGGCUCAGACAGAGCGAUCAUAAGCCUUCCUACUCCUAUUCGGUGAUAGCGCUCCAGGACGCCGUGGUGGUUCAGAGUACGUCAACUGAGAAUGAGUCGUACACCUUCUCUGGUCUGAUCCCUGGAAAACUGUACACUUUUAAUGUGUCUACGGUUGUAGCAGGAGUGGAGUCCACAGUGAAAAGCACAUCAAGUCACACAAAGCCUGCAGCAGUCUCUAUCGUCACAGUCAUCGGAAGCACGACUAACCUGUCAGUGAGCUGGACACCUGCGGCCGGCCAGGUGGACUCUUACUCUGUCCUGCUGUACAGAGACAGCUGGUGGACAGGAAGUCAACUGAACAACUCUGUUGUAAACACACUGUUUGUGGACCUGACGCCGGGGGUGCUUUACUGUGCGCUGGUGGUCACCAAGAGUGGCCCUUUUGAGACUAACAGUUCAAGUGUUUGCAACGCAACCUUUCCCACCCCUCCUGGACCCAUCACGGUGGAGUCCCAGACUGUGAAGUCCAUCAACUUUACCUGGGCCCCCCCAGAGGGCAUGGAACAUGUUGAGUACAACUUCAGUGUUUCCAGCUUUAUGGGCUCCUUCCUGAUUGAACAGAAGUGGUUCCUGCUGGACGGUCUCGACUCUGGAAGCCUCUACAAUAUCUCUGUUGUCACUGUCGGCAUGUGGCAGUACGAGAGCACAGCAGUGACAGCAGAAAACUAUACCAGACCAUGUUCUGUGACCAUGCUGCGACAGACAGAAAUCACCACAGAUGCAGUGACCUUGAUGUGGGAGCAGCCGGACAACAAAUCUCACUACUCCUAUGUGGUGGAGGCCUCCAAUGGCUCCUUUUCUCAAUCUAACAAAGUCUUCAACACAUCAGACACAAUCGCCGGACUUCUCUCAGGGAGCAACUACAGCUUCACUGUCACUACACAGACGGGAGGUGGCACUCAGGCGGCUCCUGUGACAGUGUCCUAUUUCACACGGCCAUUUAGUGUUAGACAGCUGGAGGCUGAAACCUUAAACACGACUGCUGUACGUCUGGUCUGGAUGGAACCGCUGGAGUUCAAGAAUGAAUAUACAUAUUUGGUAAAGACUACAGGCUGUGGCUUCCAAAACACAACCCUCACAGGAGAUGCUGUGCUUAUCUCAGAGCUCACCCCUGGGACCAACUGCACCUUCUGUGUUUCGGCCAGGGCAGCGGACGGCAUCGAGGGGGAAGCAAAGUGCACCUCUCAGUACACUAAGCCUGAGACAGUUCAGCCCAGCAUCUCCAGCCAGGGCUCCAAUAGUUCAAUCCUGGUGUCAUGGACCACACCUCCUGGGAGAGUGGAGUAUUACAUGGUCCAUCUAAACGGCACUUCCACGUCUUUGGAGGUGCAAGCAGAUAAUACCUCCUGGCUGUUUGAGAACCUAUCAGCUGGAAUGCUUUACACUGCCAUGGUAACCUCAUAUAGUGGACCCUUCAAUGCAUCAUCUGGAUUGGUCACUAAUGCAACCUUCCCAAAUCCCCCCAGGCCGAUUGAGAUCCUGGCAAAGACUACCAGCUCCAUCGACAUUAGGUGGGAGGAAGCUCCUCUGAUGGCCGGUGCAUCAUUCCAGUACUGGUUGACUUACACACCAGCACAAGGAGGAGAAUACAUCCCUGCCACCAACACCAGUUAUACCAUUGCCUCCCUGCUUUCUGGGACUUCCUACAACAUCUCCGUGACAACAGUGGGCGCCAUGGAUUUUGAGAGUGAGGCGGUUCAGAUCCACAUGGUCACCACAAGGCCGUUCAGUGUGAAGAAUCUCAAUGCUUCUACAGAAGAGGAGAGCAUCACGGUCAUGUGGGUCAAACCGAACGAGUACAAGGACAGCUAUCGUUACAACGUGACCUGGCAAAGCUCAGAUGGGUGGCUCUACAGUAACACAACUGACGGAACAAAGUAUGAUAUUGAUGGCCUGGUUCCUGGCAGCCUGUAUAUCUUAAGUGUCACCACGGAGACCUCUGAUGGAACACAGGGUGCUUCAGAAUGGAUUUCCAACUGCACAAAUGCAAGCCCAGUGAAAAACCUUCAGUGUGAAGGUCCAAAUAAAGCAAACGCAGAAAUCGUCCUGUCCUGGACCAGUCCCACUGGCCAACACUCUGGCUUCCAGGUCACUGUAAACCAUGGAGAGAUCGACAACAUUUCAAGCACCUGUUGUAAUCAUACUGUGUCCAACCUUCGUCACUACACUGAAUACCUGCUGACUGUGAAGACUCUGAGCUGUGGAGAGCCCAGCACUCCAGUGUCACAAGACUGCUGGACGGGCAUCACAAAUCCACCAAUUCCAGAGGACUAUGAACAACUUGUAGUUGUGAGUAGCAAGGUAUCCAACAAGUUCUCCCUUCAGAUUAACUCCACACUGCUGAACAGCAGCAAUGGGCCUAUCACACAUGUUGGGGUGCUGGUGACAAGUAACCUCCCUGGUGACCCUUCUAAUUGGGGAGAUUUCCUAGGCAAAACUUAUAAUCAGUGGAAAGAAGGGGACACUCCAGUAUACCUGGCAACAGUCAAAGAAAACAUCUUCCAGUCCCGCAGUGGCGAGAGCCAUCUGAACAUAGAAGUAGGAGAUGAAUCCGAAUGGGAGGGCUACACUAAUGGUGCUCUGGACCACAACGGAAAAUACCAAUAUGCGCUGGCGCUGUUCACUUCUCUGUCUCUGCAAAAAGCCUUAGUGAGUGAUCAGAUGUCACUGGUGUCAAUAACAGCCUUCUAUCCUGCUGUUCAGCUGCCAGCAGACGCAGUGGUUUCCAUCGGCAUCGCUGUCGGAGCAACGUUGGGAAUUUUUUGCGUUCUCUUCAUCGUCCUCAUCGGCUUCAUUGUUUGGUGGAAAAGGAUAGCCAACAAAGAGCAGUCAGACAUCCAGAUUCAAUCCAUAAGAGCCAAAGUAAGUGUGGCUGUGAGGGUGGAGGACUAUGAGGCCUACUACAGGAAGCAGAAAGCAGACUCCAACUGCGGCUUUGCUGAAGAGUUUGAGGACCUGAAGCUCGUUGGGACAGCUCAGUCGAAAACAAGUGCUCUGACUAUGGAGAACAAGCCCAAGAACCGCUACAACAACGUGCUUCCCUAUGACUCUUCUAGGGUGAAACUCUCUAUUAUCCAUGGGAGUCCAUAUGACGACUACAUCAAUGCUAACUACAUGCCGGGUUACAACUCCAGGAAGGAAUUUAUCGCAGCUCAGGGUCCUUUGCCCGCCACAGUCAGCGAGUUCUGGAGGAUGAUCUGGGAGAAGAAUGUACAGACGCUGGUUAUGCUGACACGCUGUAAUGAACAGGGACGAAUAAAAUGUGAGCAAUAUUGGGAUACUGGAACCAAGUACUUUGACAACAUCACUGUGACGACAACCUCUGAUAUACCACUUGACGACUGGACCAUCAGGGAGUUUGACAUUAAAAAUGUGAAAACAGCAGAGACCCGUUCGGUACGUCACUUCCACUUCACAGCCUGGCCGGAUCACGGGGUGCCAGAAACCACAGAGCUGCUCAUCAGCUUCAGACAUCUGGUCAGAGAGCACAUGGACCAGUACUCCAGACACUCACCCACCGUGGUCCACUGCAGUGCUGGUGUUGGACGCACAGGUACCUUCAUAGCCAUUGAUCGUCUGAUCUUCCAGAUCGAAAGGGAGAAUAUUGUGGACGUGUAUGGCAUCGUCCAUGACCUGCGCAUGCACCGGCCCCUUAUGGUGCAGACAGAGGAUCAGUAUGUGUUCUUAAACCAGUGUGCCAUGGACAUCAUCAGAUCAAGAACUGGAACCAAUGUGGAUCUAAUCUACCAAAACACCGCUGCACUCUCUAUUUAUGAGAACGUAGAACCAAAGAAAGGUUUUCACAAAAACGGGUACCGCAACGCAUAAGGUCGUCUGCUUCUCGCUUUCCUCCUAACAAGAAACUGAAGGCCUUUAACAGAUUGUGCCAUAUUUAUUUUUUUAUACCUGUCACGCUUUUGUGAAGAAUCUUGUAGCUUCCUGAGUGUGAUGCUGAAUGUCUGAUAACAGAAGGGACUGUGUCACUAGUAGGCAUAAUUACUGACCAAAAAUUUUGGAGUCUGGAUUUAUAUGUAAACUUUAACUCGGAUUCUCUUUUAUUAAUACAGAUUUUGUAUUGCUUCGUUUGUACUUCUGCUUGUUUACUACUGAAUAUGACUCACUGAUGAUUACAUGUUUUGCUCAGGUAAUAUGUUGGAUGCUGUAUAGGUAUUAUUACAGACACUUUUGACAGAGAAAAAUCUGUAAUUAAUUGAACCCUUAAUUUAAAAAAAAAAGAAGCUGAUAUGAAUACUGUGCCUUCUCAAAACCUGUAUGCUUUAACACCAACAGGUGGCACUCCCUACUCCUUUCACUACCUUGUUAUAGGAACUUAAAGAUUAUCAUGUUUUUAUUGAAGUUUGUCACAUUGUCCAUCUUUUUGCACCUCUUAAGCCAAUUUGAACUGUGCAAUGUCUUUCAAUGAAGGAGUUUUGUUGUUUUUCACAGAGACUUUUGUACUUUUUUGCACUGUAGUGAAUAAUGCACUGGAUGCAUUUGUCUUUCUACACUGUCUACUUUUUUUUGGAAACAUUUACAAACAUGCUUUUUGCUGUUGUCAGUAUCGUUUGUAACAUUUUGGCCAGUGCUUUGUGAAACCGUCUGGGACAUUUUGCUGUUCACCCCACAUCUGAUCGUUUGUGUUUUACUUUGAUUAUUUCUUUUUUACAUAAAAGAGAUGGGUCACAUUACACAAAAGCUCAGGAAGUCAAACAAUGAAAACUGAACAUUUCACAGGGAGGUAUGGUGUUAGAACAGCCAUACUGCACCAGUGUGUACUUUGAAAAUCUCAGAGGUCACAUCCAUUGUUUGUGUUGUGUUAAUGUUCUUCUCUAUAUCGUACAUUCCUCAAAAAAACAACAAUGUUCUGUCACUUCCUGCUGCAUACCUGGUCUAUCUAAGGACAUUUCCUGCGAUGUUCAAAUCACCAGCAGAGCACAAGCUUUAUUUUCUGCUUCUUCCAUGAGGCAGGUACGUGGUUUUUUCAGGAUAAUUGACCAGUGUGUUUGCCUGUAGAUAUUUUUAAGUCCCUUUUUUAUUUUUAUUGUAGCGUAAUGAAGGGAAUGAUUGAAAGCACUUAAUGUUUUUAACGAGAGCAAGAAUAGUAAAUAGUCACACUGUUUUAGGAUGUUUUUGAAAUGCUUUAUGAGAUGCUUGCUGGUACAGUGCAAUAAUGUAAAAGGAGCACGGAGCGUUUAAUGUCUGUAUAUCCUUCAAUGUGUGUAAGAAAAUGGGAUUAAAUGUUACCCCACAUUUG